AUGAAUGAACUGCUAGAGUACGAGCUGAAUGCUACUACGAUGGACUUCGAGAGUCCGAGUACUACCGAAACUAUAAACUCAAUCUCAACUUUCGAUUCAUAUACAACAACAGAAGCAGCUUCCCAAGAUUGUUUUAAUGAUCAAGCUUUUUUAAUUUUUAUGUACACGACAGAUGAUCUCCUUCUGGCAGCCUCGAUGGCUGCUACUGUAUUCAAUGUGAUGGUUAUUUUUUGUGCCGUAAAGUUAUUCAAAAGGAGUGGAGAUACAAUGCAUUUGUUUAUUUUGAACAUGACUGUAGGAGAUUUGAUAUUAACUGUUUUUUGUCAUCCUAAUGAGUUACUAAUAAGAAAACACGAUUUCUUACAACAAAUUCAUUUGUGCGCUGUAGUUCAUUAUUUCAAUUGGAUUGGUCUUGCCGUUUCCGGUCUAUCACUUACCAUGUUAAAUGUAGAUAAAUUGAUAUACUUCCGCUGGCCAUUAAACUAUGAUCGAUCUAUGUCCAAAAGGCGAGCAGCUCUCUUUUGCCUCUUAAUUUGGAGUCUGUCAGUUGGUUUUGUAACGUACUGUUGGGCUUUUGACAUUGUUUAUAUUUAUGAGUUCGACUGCUCCCUCCAGAUGUCUAGAGGGAAAAAGUUCUAUUAUGAAAUAUUUUUGAUCCUUUUCUGUGUGUUACCGGUUACCUCAUCACUAAUUGUUUCUAUUUACCUCUUUAAUUUAACAAGACAAAAACGAAAUUCCAGUUCAGAUGGACAUACCAAUGCUUUCAAAACAAAGGUCAAAUCAAUGGUUUUCAUCUUUGCUACUACUGCUUGGACAUCAUGCAGUUUACUACCAUAUCGAAUUAUGAAUUUAGCAAGGAUUCAUUUGUUUGCAUGGUCUGAACUAACUUGUGAAGGCAAGCAAGCAGUGAACUGGGUUGCUUGGAUUCUAGUUUAUCUUUUAACUAUAAAUCCCAUUGUCAAUCCGGUCAUUACAGCAUUGAUCUAUGCGCCUUAUCGAUUAACUAUCAAGAAAUUCCUAGUUAACAUUCCGGUAGGUAACAGGCCUAUCUAUAGCUAUCAAGGAGAUAAUCUUCAUUCUGACAGCAGUUUCGUGUCUGUCCGUCGUGGCCGGAAUAGAAGGUCUUCUUCUACUGAAUUAGCCAGUUUACGCCAGUCAACAGAAGUGGUGAGGAUGUCAAUGAGUGAUAGCCCAUGGACUCCAGCAAAAAGUCCAGGAACUAAAACGGAAGAAGAAUUUGCCUUUGACAAAGAAAAGGUGAAAAUAGUGAUGGAGCCAGCUUCAGCGGAUAAUUCAGAAGACAAUGAUAUUGAGAAAUCAGCUCAAUAA